UAAAAUGUCGAUGCGUCCAGAUGAUCAUCGCAGAAAAUGGGAUAAAGCAGAAUUCCAAAGAAAAGCUCAGGAAAGAUUGCAAAACCAAGCCAAUGAUAGAAAUGAAGAAGAGCCCGUACAAAGAGAAAAUCUCAAGCGCAGAGACUAUAAGGUAGACUUGGACAGCAAACUGGGAAAAAGUGUUGUUAUCAAUAAAAACACACCUAAUUCCCAGUCUGGUGGAUACUAUUGCAAUGUAUGCGACUGCGUGGUGAAAGAUUCCAUAAAUUUCCUGGACCACAUCAAUGGCAAAAAACAUCAGCGAAAUCUGGGAAUGUCCAUGAAAGUGGAACGUAGUACAGUGGAUCAGGUUAAAGAAAGAUUCCAGGCAAACAAAAAGAAAAUGGAAGAGAAACAAAAAGACUAUGAGCUUGAGAAACGCCUUAGGGAAGCAAAAGAAGAGGAGGAACGUUAUAAAGAGCAUCGCAAAGAAAAGCGAAAAGAACGUAAACGUAAAGCUGAGGAAGAUUUAGAUGGUAUUGCUUUGACUGAUGAUAAUAUGGCAGCCAUUAUGGGCUUUUCCGGAUUUGGAGGUUCGAAAAGAAAUACUUAAAAUAUUGGACAGCG